GGCUGCCCUUUGAAGUCGGAGAGGGAGAAGGAGGGAGGGAGCGUCUGGGGCCGCCGCUGCUCCGCUCCGCUCCGCGCCGCCGCCGCUCCCGCCCCGGCUCCGGAGCAUCGUCCUGCCCGGCGCUGCCGCCGCCAGGAUGAAGAUAUCCAAGUGGAGGUGGAGCAGCAUCUCCCUCAGUGCUCAGCUGCAGCUGAAAGGCACCUUGGCCCUUCUUCUUGUGGGCAACGUUGUCUUUGUCAUAGCUCAGCAGGACCUGACCCAGACGUCCAACAGCCUGGAGGAGGGCUCAGAUGUCACUGCUUACUGGUGGGGAGAGUGGACCAAGUGGACAGCGUGCACCAGGACCUGCGGGGGAGGUGUCAAAUCCCAGGAGAGGCACUGCCUGAGGCAGAGAAGGAAGUCAGUGAGUGGGCUGGCUAAUAAAACUUGCACUGGAACAUCCAAAAGAUAUCAGCUCUGCAAAGUCCAAGAGUGCCCUGUGAACGGAAGGAGCUUUCGAGAGGAGCAGUGCUCAUCAUUUAACUCCCAUGUGUAUAAUGGCAGAACGUAUCAAUGGAAACCUUUAUAUCCUGAUGACUAUGUUCACAUUUCUAGCAAGCCCUGUGACCUUCAUUGCACCACGGUGGAUGGUCAGAGACAGUUAAUGGUUCAGGCCAGGGAUGGAACCUCCUGCAAAUACACGGAUUUCCGAGGGGUUUGCGUGUCUGGAAAAUGUGAGCCCAUUGGAUGUGAUGGCAUUCUCUUCUCCACCCACACCUUGGAUAAAUGUGGAGUUUGCCAAGGAGAUGGGAGCAGCUGCACCCACGUAACCGGCAGUUACCGGAAAGGAAAUUCUCAUCUUGGUUAUUCCCUGGUAACGCACAUUCCCGCCGGAGCGAGGGAUAUCCAGAUAGUGGAACGGAAAAAGUCUGCAGAUGUUCUGGCUGUGGCUGAUGAAGCUGGGUACUAUUUCUUCAAUGGGAACUAUAAAGUGGACAGUCCAAAGAACUUCAACAUUGCAGGCACGGUGUUCAAGUACCGCCGGCCCAUGGACGUGUACGAGACCGGCAUCGAGUACAUUGUUGCCCAGGGACCCACAAAUCAAGGGCUGAACAUAAUGGUCUGGAAUCAAAACGGCAAGAACCCAUCCAUCACGUUUGAAUACACCCUCCUGAGGAAGCCACACUCAAAGAAUCUGCAGCCCAUCUACUACACCUUCUCCGAGUCGGAGAGCGAGGAGAGCCGAGAGCUCGAUGGAGACGUGCCACUGGGCUUUAUCCAGCCCAAUGCAACCUAUUUUGGGAAAAUCUCCAGGGAAAGGAUAGACUUGGAGAACCAGGUGUUUGGAAGGCAGGACACGGAGGAAGAUUUAAACUUGAGCAAAGGUCAGGAAACCAAUGAGGUCUAUGAAAGAGCAGAAACAAUUGACUGUGAGCCAAAACUGAAGGGCAAACAACCCCAAGAUUCAAACGUAACCAGGUCUACUUACCAGACAGACCAUGGCGACAGCUCCAGGGAGUUCCUUCUGGAGAACGCCAUCACGGACAAGCUGCUGGGCAAGGCCUCGGACUCCAAGGAGCUGCUGCUCAACAUGACCAUGAACAGCAUCUUCGCCCAGGGAGACCCGACCAACAUGGUGGGGUCACCCAUUGACAGCCUCUACGUGGACUACGAGGACAGCGAUGGCCUCGUGACCUACUCGGUCAACAGCACCUUCAUGGAGCUGAGCAAUGGCAAAGCCACCAACGCCUCUGCAGAGACGUUCCCCAACGCCACCGUCACCAUGAGCAGCCCCCAAGGGAACAGAACCCACAAAGCAAGAAACAGAUUGAAGUUGUUAAGAAAGGGCCAAGGUGUGAGUGCUGCUGACAUGUACAGGUGGAAGCUUUCCUCCCAUGAACCCUGCAGCUCUACAUGCACCACAGGAGUGAUGUCCACCUAUGCCAUGUGUGUUCGCUACGAUGGGAUCGAAGUGGACGAUACCUACUGCGAUGCCAUGACCCGGCCCGAGCCCAUCCAUGAGUUCUGUGCUGGGAGAGAGUGCCAGCCAAGGUGGGAGACGAGCAGCUGGAGCGAGUGCUCGCGGACGUGCGGGGAGGGUUACCAGUUCCGCAUCGUGCGCUGCUGGAAGAUGAUCUCGCCGGGCUUCGACAGCUCCGUCUACAGCGACCUGUGCGAGUCGGCCGACAUCGCCCGGCCCGACGAGCGCAAGGUCUGCAAGAACCCGGCCUGCGGGCCCCAGUGGGAGAUGUCCGAGUGGUCCGAGUGCCCGGCGCGCUGCGGGGAGCGGAGCGUGGUGACCAGGGACAUCCGCUGCUCGGAGGAGGAGAAGCUCUGCGAUGCCAGCGCCCGGCCCCUGGCCGAGAAGAACUGCACGGGGCCACCGUGUGACCGGCAGUGGACAGUGUCCGACUGGGGACCGUGCAGCGGCGGCUGCGGGCAGGGCAGGAUGAUCCGGCACGUCUACUGCAAAACCAGCGACGGGCGCGUGGUGCCCGAGUCCCAGUGCAGCCUGGACACCAAGCCCCUGGCCAUCCACCCCUGCGGGGACAAGAACUGCCCCUCGCACUGGCUGGCACAGGACUGGGAGCGGUGCAACACGACGUGUGGCCGGGGCGUGAAGAAGAGGAUCGUGCUCUGCCUGGAGAUUGUCAAUGGCAAGAUCAAGACCCGCAGCCCCUCUGACUGUGACAUGGCCAAGAAGCCCGUGGAGGAGAGCACGUGCUUCGAGAGGCCCUGCUUCAAGUGGUACACCACCCCCUGGUCCGAGUGCACAAAAACCUGCGGGAUCGGCGUGAGGAUGCGGGAUGUGAAGUGCUACCAGGGCAAGGACAUCGUGCGGGGCUGUGACCCGCUGGUGAAGCCAGUGGGCAAACAGACCUGUGACCUGCAGCCCUGCCCCACAGAGCCCCCAGACGACAGCUGCCAGGACCAGGCAGGAACCAACUGUGCUUUGGCCAUCAAGGUGAACCUGUGCAGCCACUGGUACUACAGCAAAGCCUGCUGCCGCUCCUGCCGUGCCCCCCACUCCUAGGGCAGGGCUGCCCGAGCCAGGGCUCCAGCUCCCACCUGCCCACACACCCCUGACACUGCUGCCAAGGAUGCUUUUAGCCUGGUUUUUGUGUCCCCACCGAAGCAGAACUCCUCUCCUGCUCGAGGGAUGGACGUUGGGAGCCCCCCGGGCUCAGAGCUGUAUAUAAAUCGUGUAUAUUUGAUUCCCCCCGUCCCCCCAAAAGAAAAACUCCAGCUACACCCAAAUUCUUGUCCUUUUUCUUCCCUCGGUGCAAGGUUGGGGUUGGCAAGGGGAAGGUGUGAACUCUGGGAAGUGCAAGUUUCCCUUCACAAAAUGGGUUUGGUGCCUCUCUCCUGAUUUAUCCCAAGACCUCUCCUUAGGUGAAUUAAUGUGGUGGGAAGCUGAUCCUCCUUUGGUAAAUGAACUCGAGCCCUUUUUUUGUAAUAUGUAGGUGUAUACUUUUUCAGAGAAUUUUAUCUUAUAAUCAAAUGUUAGUUUCAUAGUCCUUACAAACCCCCCCUCCCCGAUGCUGACAUAUUGUAUAUAAUAUGGAAACAUAACUGCACUUUAUAUCACAAAAAAGACGUGCUCUUUUUUAAUAUAUUUGUUUACAGACAGUGAACUUUAUCCAUAUAAUCAUUAAUUUGUACUCAUAUGUAUAUUUUAAUAAAGUUGUCAUAUUUAUGGUGGUA